GAAAUUUUGAGAACUGCCACUCCUGAGAUUCCUUUUUACUAAACUACCAUCACUAAAACUUCAAUCCAAAUUACCAUCGAUUAAUUGUAUAUCUAGACCAUUUUGCCAUUAACUAUUAUGUUAAACCAAUAUUAUUAUUAUCAGCGACGAGUUUCAUCGGUGGGAUCUGACAAUGGUUUUCUCUAGGAACUCUGCAAUCGAGGUCGGUGUCAAUUCAGAUCUCGCCCGUGUUUUCCUGCGUAAACUUCAGGAGUGGUUUAGUAACGAUGGAUCUUCUCUGUCGACUACUGGUCCGAGUUUCCUUUGUCUUUGCGGAAGACGAGGGAGAAUACCAUAUGCAUAUAGUUUCUUUUCUUGGAGAACAUCUCUUGAAAGCCAUCCCUGUAUCAUACACAGAGAUAUUAAGUCAUUUAACAAUCUUCUAGAGGACAAACAAUGUAUC